AUGCUCGGUUCGGCUUUCUCGUUACUGAGCGCCCUGGCCGCGGUGGCGGUGGCACCCGCCGCAUUGGCCUACACCGUUCAUGAAGUCUCCGUUGGAGGUCUUCAGGCAGACGGUGUCACGCCGAUGCUCGCAUUCUCGCCUCCCUACCUGAACGCAACACCCGGGGAUGUCGUUCGCUUCACUUUCCAUGUGAAGAACCAUACCGUCACCGAGUCUUCGUUCGACGCACCUUGUUCGAAGCUGACCGAUGCUUCAGGCUCAUUUGUUGGCUUCGACUCUGGCUUCAUGCCCAUCGACCCGUCGGCCACGACCGCGACCACCUUCAACAUCACCGUGAACACCACUGCCCCCAUCUGGGGCUACUGUCGUCAAUCCGGCGCCGCACCCGGUGCACCAACGCACUGUCAGUCCGGCAUGGUCUUCGGAAUCAACCCUCCCCCCACCGGCGAGAAGACCUUCUUCAACUACCAGACGCUGGCGAAGUUCUCGACGACGCAGGGUGUGAUGCCUGGGGAGCCGAAGGUGCAUGAUGUCGUUGUGGGUGGGUUGAAGGAAGACGGGGUGACGCCGAAUUUGGCGUAUAUUCCGAAUAAUAUUACGGCGAAGGUGGGGGAGAAGGUUAGGUUCCAUUUCCAGGUGAAAAACCAUACGGUCACAGAGUCGUCCUUCGAGGCUCCUUGUUCCAAGCUCGUAGACGCUUAUGGCACCCCUUCCGGGUUCGACUCAGGAUUCACCCCCGUCAACGCUACCAACCUCACUGCCACCAGCAGCCCCACCUUCGAAAUCACCGUCAACUCCACCACCCCCAUCUGGGGCUACUGUCGUCAGACCGGCGCCGCACCCGGAGCACCCACUCACUGUCAAUCCGGAAUGACCUUCGCCAUCAACUCGCCCGAGUCCGGAGUGAAGACGUUCGCGAACUAUCAGACGCUUGCGCGAUUCUCGACGACGCAGGCGGCACAGGCUACGGGCGAGAAGGUGCAUGAUGUUGUUGUGGGGGGCUUGCAAGGGGAUGGGGUUACGCCGAAUUUGGUUUAUAUUCCGAAUAAUAUUACGGCGAAGGAGGGGGAGAAGGUCGUUUUUCAUUUCUCUGUGAAUAACCAUACGGUCACGCAAUCUUCCUUCGCCUCUCCUUGCUCCAAACUCGUCAACUCCUACAAUCAGCCCAGCGGCUUUGAUUCUGGCUUCACCCCCGUCAGCAAUGCCUCCCUCCUCGAAUCCGAGUCCCCCACCUUCACCGUCACAGUGAACGACUCGACAACCCCCAUCUGGGCCUACUGUCGUCAACUCGGCAAAACCCCCGAUGCACCGACGCACUGUCAAUCCGGGAUGGUACUGGGGAUCAACGCGCCCAUCACUGGAAACACCCUGGACGCGUUCAUCGCGAACGCUAGAGCCUCGACGAGCCAGACGGGCAUGAGCGCGUCGUUCCCCGAGUCUGGGUCGACUGCUAGCGCUGCGGGGACGUCGACGUAUACCAGUUCGGCGUGGUAUGCGUCUUCGAGCUCCAGCAGUGAUUAUGGUUAUGGAUCGAGUAAAGGUGUCUCGGGCGAUAGUCUUUCCAAUGCUAUUUCGGACUCUGACGCAUCGCCCGACUCGUCGAUCAACAAGCUCCUGAACUACGUCCCCGCGAUCCUCGGUCUCCUCUCCGGUGCCGUCCUCCUCCUGCUCGUCCUGCUCGUACUUGCGAUAGUGAUGAUCAGGCAUCAUGGGUGGAAGGGCGUGGCUGGAGUCGGUGCGACAAGGACUCUGGCGCCGAGUUAUCGGCCGAUACAGUUGGAUGGGCCGGGGGGUUCUGGAAUGAAGGGAGCGGAGAUGGAGAGGUAUCAUGAUAGUGAGGGGUUGUAUGCGGAGGGACCGGUUCAUUGAGCGGGUGAUAUGUCUUUUCGUGUUCUGUUUUGUUGUCUGGAGUUAUGUUGUCGGGAUCUUUCGGUCUCUGAUUCGUGUGGGUGGACUUUGACGGUGCUUCGUUUUGUUAUCGACGUUAUUACUAAGUUUUCUACGAUACAGGGUUUACUUUUACUUUGGUGACCACGAUCUUUUACUUACAUGGACUAUUACUUAUGG